AUUAGGCAGCAUCCUAAAUAAUUUUUUUUUAAGCCGAAAGGCAACCCACCAAAAUCAGUAGGGCAAAUGUCCGAGAACAUUUGUCGAAUUUUAUUAAAAAUUAGUGAAGUACAAAAAAGAGGGGAUCGAACCAAAACCCUUCAGAAAGGAUAUACCCUUUCAAAAUAAAAAGAAUAAUGAAAGACACAAAUGAGAAUUGGGGGACCGAACCAAGACCCAAAUCAAAAAACAAACAAAAAUUACAAAAAAAAAAAAAGAAUUAAUGUGAUAAUCGAAGUGAAGGAAUCCCAAAUAAAUCCAUUUCUCGUUUGGGUAGCUUCCUAAAUAAAUACUCCAUAUUAGACUAUCAAUUAGAUGAUGUGGUUUUGCCCUCAAUAUUACUAAACUAAAGCCAAUUUCUAAAAAUGUGACCACAUUCAUAUUUAGACAAAAAAGUGAUUAUGAAGGUCAUAUUCAUGUCAUUGCCAGAUUUAUGUCACUAUCCAAUUUUAAUGUCAUUGUCACCACCGCCUGUGUCACUGUAGCCACCGCUCGUGUCACUGUAGCCGCCACCCGUGUCACUGUACCCGCCACCCGUGUCACUAUAGUCGCCGCCUGUGUCACUGUGGCCACCGCCCGUAUCACUCUAGCCCCCACCCGUGUCACUAUAACCACUGCCUAUGUCACUAUAGCCAACAUCCAUUGUGAUAGUGACAUACAAUUACUCCGGUCACCGGUUAGUUACCACCGCCUCCCCCAGCCACCGCUCCCCAACCCCAGCCAACCAGUCCCUGAACCACUGCCAUUGCCCCACCCCCACAAUACUGUCACUGUUCCCCAGCCCCGCACCACCGCCACUCCAUCCCACACCAUCAGUCAGUUCCCCACCGUCGUUGCAAACCCCAACUCACUCCAACCUUCCCAGCCCCCUCCCUGACCUUCCAGCCUCUGCACCGCUACUGUCCCAACCCAGCCUCCAACUAGUUCCCCAACUCCCUGCCCCCCUUUCCUGUGACCUUCAGCUCCCUUCCACUUCCAGUAUCCCUGCCCAAGCCAUCCACCACCCCCUGCACCAGUUCCAACCACACCCUUGUCCUCAGUCCAUUCCCUUUCCUUGCCAUAUCCCUCCUCUGCUACUAGAUAAGCCACUAGAAUACCGUUGGUUUUACUCGGCCGCCAAAUUCGUCAUUGCCGGUUUUACUCAGCGCUCAAAUUCGUCGCCGUCUUUGGCUGCCAACAUGCCAGAUCUACAGAACAACCAAAUAAGAAGCUCAACACUUAUGUAGAAGCGAGUUGUCACCGUAGAUACAAAAAUAUCAGAGGAGACGAAGAAAGUUCAAUCGGUGGUUGCGGUGGUCGAAUAGUUGCGGCGGUGGAAUGUUUGUGACGGACAAAGAUGGAAUUUGGAAUGGAGGUUUUUUGUGUGCUGGAAUGGUGAAUAAGAGUUUGGGUGCGGACCGUCUGGUGGUGACUGGUGAUGUAGAAGCGAGGUCGUACAGAUCUGAUCUUGUCUUCGCCGCUGCUGAGGUCGACCGGAGGUGUGGUGCCAUCGCUGGCUUGGAGGUGGCUUUGAGGAGGAGGAGGAGGAGGAGGAGGCGUGGACAUGCGCUGGUCAUCUCCCUCAGUGCAAUAGUUGAUUUAUGGGGGUAGAAGAGGGAAGCUUUGUUAUGUCCGCAGGAACGAGACGGAAAGGGGCAGUUGAAUGAAAGUCAUGUUUCUGGAAAAGUAAAAACAUGUUCGUAAAAUUGUCUUAUGAAAGUGUAUGGGUAAUAUCCAUGCCAUUCUUUCUUAGAUGAUUCUGUGAUAUUAAGACAACAUAUAUAGGGUGUGUUUGGCAUUUAGCGGAUAGCGGUUAACGGGUUAUGUUAGCGGGUUGUCAAUAGCGGAUUCGGUCAGCGGGUUUGACUAGCAGAAUAAAUUGACGGGUUGUCAAAAGAUGUUUGGUAAUUUAGAUGGUUGGCCAUAAAAUUAGCAGAAAUUUUGAUUUUCAAAACGCC